AUGGUCCCUGAUACGGUGGAAGAAUGGUCGCUUCGUCUUGCCAAUAUAGAACGCGUUGCAAACGCAUUGCAUAAUAUAUACAAUCCCGAUGGAUUGGCAAUUGGCAGAGAAGCGAGUGAUGGUGUGUAUGCGGCAUAUGAAGCUGUUGCAGAAAGAAGCAAAGCUGAAACACAAGGCUUAUUUGACCUUAAAUAUCAGCAACUACAGGCUACAGCUGGAAAACAGGGAGACAACCUGAAGAACACCAAGAGUGAGAUUGCAGAAAUUAACCGUAUGAUCCAGAGGAUGACAUCCGAGAUUGAGAAUGGCAAAAAACAGAUUGCGGCCCUCCAGAAGAAGUUGGCUGACCUAGAGGCUGCUUCGCAGAAAGCCAAUGAAGACCUGACACGUCAAAAACGUGACUACCAAGAGGUACUAGGUGUCAAGAUUGCCCUUGAUAUUGAAAUUUCUACAUGCUUUAUCCGGCUGCAGGCAGAAGAAGAAAGGGACAGAAUGUCUGGACAUGUAGAGAACAAUGUGAGUGUUUCCGUGGUUGGUGGAGGUUCCUCAGGUAUGUCUGGCGGAGGAGCUGGAUAUGGUUCUGGUGAAAAUCGCGAAAAACUUGCAUUGAAGGAUGCCCAGAAGAAGUUGGCUGACCUACAGGCUGCUUCGCAGAAAGCCAAUGAAGACCUGGCCCGUCAAGAACGUGUCUACCAAGAGCUACUACGUGUCAAGAUUUCCCUUGAUGUGGAUAUUGUCACAUACAAAGCCCUGCUAAAAGAAGAAGAGGACAGAAUGUCUGGACAUGUAGAGAACAAUGUGAGCGUUUCCACAGUUGGUGGAGGUUCCUCAGGUAUGUCUGGCGGAGGAGCUGGAAAUGGUUCUGGCGAAAAUCGUGAAAAACUUGCAUUGAAGGAUGCCCAGAAGAAGUUGGCUGACCUUGAGGCUGCUUUGCAGAAAGCCAAUGAAGACCUGGCCCGUCAAGAACGUGGCUACCAAGAGCUACUACGUGUCAAGAUUUCCCUUGAUGUAGAAAUUGACACAUACAAAGCCCUGCUCAAAGGAAAAGAGGACAGUAUGUCUGGGGGAGGAGCUGGAAAUGGUUCUGGCGAAAAUCAUGGAAAACUUGCAUUGAAGGAUGCCCAGAAGAAGUUGGCUGACCUUGAGGCUGCUUUGCAGAAAGCCAAUGAAGACCUGGCCCGUCAAGAACGUGGCUACCAAGAGCUACUACGUGUCAAGAUUUCCCUUGAUGUAGAAAUUGACACAUACAAAGCCCUGCUCAAAGGAAAAGAGGACAGAAUGUCUGGACAUGUAGAGAACAAUGUGAUGUGAGCAAUUCCGUGGUUGGUGGAGGUUCCUCAAGUAUGUCUGGCGGAGGAGCUGGAAAUGGUUCUGGUGGAGGAGGAAGUGGCUAGUGUGCUGGAGGAGGAU